AUUUUCAUUGGACGGCUGAGCGCUGACACUCAAUGACAAUCGGCAGCAGGUUGUGGGCAACAGCAUCACAGCUCACCCGUGAAACGGCUAACGUUAGCUAUAAGUGAACAGGAAACGGCGUGUGAAUUUAUGCUCUAACUUACACGGGUGACGAGACAGCUAGCUGGAGGAAUAUAGCUGUAUUUCUGAGCACGGCGAGAAUGUCUGUCCCGGCAGGAGAGGGAUGAAGAUGACACCUCUGUUAUGGCGAGUUGUGUCAGUGUGGCUAUGUGUUGCUGUAGUCUGUUGGUACCCUAGUUGUUAUGUUGGUUGCAGAGAAUCACACCAAGAGGCCCAAAAGCCCGUGUCCUCACAGGACAUCAGUUCGGAGGAAGAGUCAGGAGAAAAGACUCAUCAUCACAAGGUUGAGGAGAGCUGGGUUUUACCUACCCAGUCCCCACCAGAAAAUGAACAGUUGAUAGAGGAUGAUCAGCAAAAAGAGGAGCAGACACUACAGGAGGUGGACAAAAAAGAACAAUAUUCAGAGGCCUUUGAAGCGGAUGAGCCCACUGUCGAGGUGAAGUUGGAGGCAGCCAAAGGACUUUCACAACCUGAGCCAGAACCUGAGCAAGGCUCAGAAAAUCAAAAUAUCGAAGCAUCCAUCACUCAAGACCAAGAAUCAGCUCUCCUGCUCCCAUCCUCUGACUCUGUCUCUGGUUCUGCUGCUGAGUUUAAAGACAACACCAACAUCCCUGACCUUCAGGACAACACCCCAACUAGUGUCUCAGAUGAUGCAUCUGAUGUAGCUGCACCUGAGAUCAUUGCUUCUGACCUGCCUCCUGCUGACUGUGAAGAAGAAGAGGCCAACCCAUAUGAUAAUGAUAGCCCUCCAAUAGUUCUGGAGAACACCUCCAAUGUUCACACUGCAGGUACUAAAACCCACACUGACCCUCCUCUGAGUUCUCCUGCUGGUCACGGCACACAGCAUCUGGAGGCCAAUACUUCACACAUGCUGAAACAAGAACAAGACCUGAGCUCCCCUGUCACCACAGACACAGAUUCCAGUGUGAGCAGCAAAGACCCCGAGGACAUUCCCACAUUCGAUGAGUGGAAGCGGAAGAUGAUGGAGGUGGAGAAGGAGAAGACUCUGUCUACUCAUACCUCUACUAAUGGGGGUUCUCAUACGGUGAAGAAAGUCCAGAAGAACUUCAAUAACUACGCCUCAGUGGAGUGUGGAGCCAAGAUCCUUGGUUCUAACCCAGAGGCUAAGAGCACUUCAGCCAUAUUGAAGGAGAACAUGGACAUGUACAUGCUAAACCCAUGUAGUAAUAAAAUCUGGUUCAUCAUUGAGCUCUGUGAGCCCAUCCAGUUGAAGCAGUUAGACAUUGCUAACUUUGAGCUCUUCUCUUCCACUCCGAAAGACUUUCUUGUCUCCAUCAGUGAUCGAUACCCAACGAACAAGUGGCUAAAGCUGGGAACCUUUCACGCCCGGGAUGAACGCACAGUCCAGAGCUUCCCAUUGGAUGAACAUCUUUACGCUAAAUAUGUGAAGAUGUUCACCAAGUACAUAAAGGUGGAGCUGGUCUCUCACUUUGGCUCUGAACAUUUCUGUCCCCUCAGUCUCAUAAGGGUGUUUGGCACAAGCAUGGUGGAAGAAUACGAGGAGAUCGCUGAUCCCUCUGAAAGACCAGAUGAUCAGGACGACGACUUGGAUUAUCCUCCUGGAUAUGCACCUGGUGAAGUCAAGUAUUCCAAGAAUCUGAUUGGAUCAGCAAAGGAUGUCAUCUUGAACAUGGUCAAUAAUCUUGCUGUCAAUGUUCUUGGCGGAGGCCCGGAGAUGCAAGGCAACCUUUCAUCCCAGGAAGGGAACGUGACUGAACCAUCAUCUCAGCUUGAAGCUACCACUCAAACUACCAUUACAGAAAUUACAUCAGUUCCAGAGUCUGAAGAGGUGGAGAUUUCACCAGACUCUGAUAUCCCUGAAACUGCAGCCCCUUCCUCAGAGACCUCUGUGCCAGAGCCACCUACCACUGAUAUUAGCAAACAAGAGCUCCCCCCAGUGGAGGAAAAAAUUAUCAUUCCUCUUGAGAAAGAUGAGGAAGAAUCUAUCGGCUCUACAAUCACCCUUUUAGAUAAAGAGGAAGAGGUGGAUGAAGGAAAGGAGAAAAAGGAUCCUCAUGAGCGACAAGAAGGACUGCUACUUCCUUCUUUUUCCUCCUCUUGCUCUUGCGCAGCUUCCCUCCAGGAGUAUCUCCAGCGGCAGUGUUCAGUCCUGCUGUUCAAAAAAUGCCACAGAAAGGACCGAAAGCAAAAGAUUCCUCCCAUUCAAACGCCCACUUUGCACCUACCCCUGUCCCCCUCCGCCUGCCCUGAACCCAAGCAGCACCACAGUGAGGUACAUCAGCCCCAUGACAAAGAACAAGCUUCUGAACAGGAGCCAGAGAAAGGAGCCAGCCCGUCAGAAGCACCACCACCUCCAGGGAACAUAGUAGAAUCUCAUAAAGAGUCCAUGUCUGAGCCUCCUCUGCUGGAGCCCAGUCAAACCUCGACGCUCCCCAAACCCAGUGUCACCGAUUCAUCCUCUGCCAAACCUACCCCUAUUGUAGAGACACCACAGCUUUCUUCUGAGGAACCAGCAAAGCAGCUGAGGCCAGAAAAGAGCCAGGAGGUGGUGGUUGAAGAGAAGCACAUGGAGACUUCAGCCUCUCUCAGUAGCUCCAGCGAUGUACAACCCAGCAUCAGUGCCACAGUGGAUGAUUCUUCAGUGACACCAACAGAAGAGAAGCUUCACAUUGAUGUUUCUCAGCCAGAGAUGAGCCCCCCCAUCCAAACCCCAGAUGUGACAGAUCAAUCUCAAGUCCUCCAUCCCACUGCUGCUCCUCAUUUAGAACAACACCCUGCCCCACCAGCUGUUCCUGAAAGCGGUACCGCUCCCACUGAGCCACCCUACAUUACUCCAGACACCGUCACAGAAGCUGAGCCCUCUGGUGGUCAGGCUGUCAUCACAGAAACUAAAACGGAGGAUUUCGGAGAAGACAUCUCUACUUCAUCUUCUCCUUCCUUGCCUGCCUCACCGUCCCUCUCGGACAUCUACGCAGACCCCCCGAAUGGCACGGAGCAGAAUGGUAACCCAGUGCACGGCUCCAGCCAGAAGGAGUCCGUGUUCAUGCGGCUCAACAACCGCAUCAAGGCCCUGGAGAUGAACAUGUCACUGAGCGGACGUUACCUGGAGCAGCUUAGCCAGAGGUAUCGGAAGCAGAUGGAGGAGAUGCAAAAGGCUUUCAACAAAACCAUCAUUAAACUCCAGAACACCUCCAGAAUUGCAGAGGAGCAGGACCAGCGUCAGACUGAGUCUAUUCAGUUGCUACAAGGUCAGCUGGAGAAUGUGACUCAGCUGGUUCUCAACCUGUCUGUCAAAGUCAAUCAGCUGCAGAUUGAGGUGUCAGACAGGCAGAACUACUUGGUGCUGUCUCUGGUCUUGUGUCUGUGUCUCGGCCUGCUGCUGUUUGCCAACCGCUGCCGCAUCUCCACCCUGCCUCCAACCACAGAACCAAAGCCACCCAUACCCAAGAGCUACUCCUACUGCUGCCCUGAAAGGCAGCUGUCUUCCUGUGAUGACACCGGCUUGAAGAGGAGUGCAUCCUAUCCACUCAUACACACUGAGUCAUUCCAGUUAGUCACCACUGAAGGCCCAGAAAUGCUGCACGCAGAGGAGACACAGAGUCUUUUUCCAGCUAACAGAAAGAAGAGACGGCGUAAGAUGAAACCCAUUGAGAAAGUGGAGACUCUGACACCCUCUUUUCAUGCUGCUCCAGAACUGUGUAAUGGAGAUGUUGUGUGUAAUGGUGUUCCUGUCACCACAAAACCUAGAGCCCUUACAAAACGGUUACUUCAACCUAUCUUCAGAGACUCUCCGUCAGAGGGCAGCUCGGAGGGAUCUUCCCAUUCAGAUGACCCCUCCUUCUGUGGAAUCACCACAGCUUGCACUCGUAUCUGUGAUGGGCUCCCUCCACCCAAGACCCGGUCGGAGAAACGGGCACUAAGACGCAGGCGUCCCAAGCCCAGUUGUGCAGUGGUGGACUUGCUUCAGGCCCCUCGGAGGGACAAGAGCGAAUCAUUGCCCAUCUCUACCAUACAGGACAUCAUGAACAGGAAAACAGAGCAAAGCUCUGGGACAUUUGGGGUAAAUGUCACCCUCUCAGGUCCUGUUUGACAUAAAAAAAAUAGACUCCACUCCUUCUCACUGACUGCUGAACUCUUUCCAAACGGAUGGAUGUUAAUUCAUGUAGCAACAGGCAGCUUUAAGCUUUAACAUGAGACAAUCCCUUCACUCUUACUGUUGAGUAAGUUUUCUGUUCAUGUUCUCAUUCUUUUCAGACAUCAUUUAUAUUUGUUAAACUUCAAAUCAAAGAAAUGUCUUCCCAGCUUACAAUUAAAGCUUUUCCCUGUUGUUUGGAAACACUGACUGUGACUUCUGACCUAACAAAUUUAUCAAAAGGACUCAACAACUCAACUU